AUGGAGAAUUCUCAGGUAGGUGGGGAAAGGGUUCAUCUUAUUUUUACCACUCACUUUACAGAGUCGAGAACCGGCUACAACCCUUUCGACCCGUACUUCACGUCGUCGAUGCAUAAUUUAACCGUCUCGGCCGGCAGAGAAGCCCACCUAACGUGCACCGUCGACAAUCUGGGCCGACACAAGGUGGCGUGGGUCAGGGCGGAAGAUCAAACGGUGCUGUCCGUCGAGACCAAGGUGGUUACACACAAUUCGAGGAUCAGCGUGACCCAGGAUAAUAACCGGACGUGGCAGUUACGUAUUAAAUCAAUCAAGGAGUCUGACCGCGGCUGUUACAUGUGUCAGAUCAACACGAGCAACAUUAGAUCGCAACAAGGUUGCUUGGAUGUACAAGUACCACCGGAUAUCAUAGACAAUAACACGAGUGGAGAUUUGUCUGUGACCGAAGGGGACAACGUGACAUUAUGGUGCAGGGCAACAGGACAUCCAGCCCCGAGGGUGAUAUGGAGGCGGGAGGACGGGCAGCCCAUCAACAUGAGAAGAGCUGGAAAUCGCGAACUGGAAAUAGUGGACACGUUCAACGGCAGCAAUUUGUACUUCUUGAGAUCGGAUAGGAAGCAGAUGGGAGCAUAUCUAUGUAUUGCAAGCAACGAUGUUCCACCUGCUGUUAGUAAAAGGAUUUCACUCAGCGUUAAUUUCCCCCCGUCGGUUCGCGUACCUAACCAGCUGCUAGGAACUCCUCUACGAAGCGACGUCCUACUCUCAUGCCACGUAGAGGCCUUCCCCAACACCAUCAACUACUGGGUGAAGAACCGAGGCGAGAUGCUCUUGAAUAAUUCCAAAUACAACAUCCGUGAAGAGAAGCACAACUACAGGACCUACAUGUGGCUGCUAAUUAAGAAUUUUUCCGAGUACGAUGUUGGUACCUACAAUUGCAUCGCAACGAAUUCUUUAGGAAAGGCAGAGGGCACGUUACGACUGUACGAGAUAAAAGUUAACACCGACGGCUACGAGCAGAACCGGGUCGGCUCCGUUGGCGGACUUGCAAGGACUAAAGGACACAAAACCUCGGGAAGUACAACGAUGAUAUUCGCAACUCCACUUUUAUUAUUUUUUAUUUUAGCUGUUUUACUUAAGCGGUGAUAAUUUUUUGUCUAAUAACAUUUUUCUUAAAAGAUUUUAAAAUUAACAGAUGUGCUCAACUCAAAAGUAUUUAUCUUCUAUUCUGCCAAAUUAAAUGAAAACUAAUUAAAAAUUCUCAUUUCGAACGAAUUAGACAAUACAACAUAAAAAGCGCAAAAAUGAUUAAGAAAGUAUGGAUAAAAAAGACUGGAAACAUCACGACUUACAUCGCCAAAAACGCACACAUGCCAAUUUAUUGUCAUUCCUCGUGCAGACCGACGUGUUCCCUCAUUGGAAUUUCAACUUUGUAACAUUGCGAAAUUACGUGAUGUCGGUUGGUGGCGGUGAAUGACUUAAAAUCUUCUCUAGACGUCCCCUAACUGCUCACGCGUGAGAACAGCACAGUGUGCACGUGCCCCUUUCAGCAAUAUCCUACGAGACGUUUCUCUACUCGAUUUUGAAUCGGUCGAAUUAAGGUGGCAAACAGAAAUCGUUUUUCAAAUAAACUUAACAAAUUGUUUUUCUUACUUUAAAUGUAUAUAAUCUAUACAUACUUAUACAUAUAAAUAAUUAAGUUAUAUCAAAAAUAUUUUUAGAUUUCCACCUUAAUUCAGGUCAACAGAGUUGAAAUCAAGUGCGCUCGAAAAUAUCCAAUAAUCACCAGGCAUAUCUCAUAAUAUCGCAAUUAUUAUUGUACCCCGAGUAAUAUAACACGACAAAUAAAUCGCAUAUCGCCCGUAUCAUAACGGGAAAUCGUACCUAUGUCAAGUCUGAUCGAUGACCAAAUACGAACAAAUUGUACACUCCACACCAACUCAGCUAUUUGAAUUCGAAUUGUUUCUGACAGUUCCGGCAGUUUUAAACAACUGCUUUUAUUGGUCUCAAAAAAAAAUUUUAAAAACCAAAGUAAUGUUUUACAUGUCGUAGUUUAUAGAUUAUAAUCUGUAUCAAUAUGGUAUAAUAAAAAAAAUAAAAUGUAUUGAAUGUUAA